AGAAGAAAAAAAACCCUAAUUUCGUCGUUCUCUCUCUUCGCACGCUCACAACAAAAUACCGAAUUGAAGGAAUUUCAGUCAGGGUGGAGGCAGCAGUUGUAGAGGAGGUGGGUGUUGUAUUGCAGUUCGGUGGUGGUUGGUUUAAACUGGGAUUUGGAAAUGAGCUCAGACAGCAGGAGCCGCAGCAGGAGCAGGAGCCCCAUGGAUCGCAAGAUCCGUACUCAGCGCAGCUCCUAUCGUGAUGCUCCAUACAGGAGGGAAUCUCGUCGGGGCUACAGCCAAAGCAAUCUGUGUAAAAAUUGCAAACGCCCAGGUCACUAUGCUAGAGAAUGCCCUAAUGUGGCCAUUUGUCACAAUUGUGGACUUCCAGGGCAUAUUGCAUCAGAGUGUACGACCAAGUCCCUAUGUUGGAACUGUAGAGAGCCUGGUCACAUGGCUGGGAACUGCCCAAACGAGGGCAUCUGCCACACAUGUGGGAAGACAGGACACCGUGCUAGGGAAUGCACAGCUCCUCCCAUGCCACCUGGCGACAUGAGGCUGUGCAACAACUGCUACAAGCAAGGCCACAUAGCAGCUGAUUGUACGAAUGACAAGGCAUGCAAGAACUGCAGGAAAACAGGCCACCUUGCUCGAGAUUGCCUGAAUGAUCCAGUUUGCAACUUGUGCAAUGUAGCGGGCCAUGUGGCUAGAGAUUGCCCUAAGGGAAAUAUGAUUGAUGAUAGAGGUGGCCCGCGUGGUGGUGAUCGAGGUAUGGGCGGCUUCCGUGACAUUGUGUGUAGGAACUGCCAGCAGGUGGGCCAUAUGAGCCGCGAUUGUGUUGCCUUGAUGAUCUGUCACAACUGUGGUGGAAGAGGGCACCUGGCAUUUGAAUGCCCAUCUGGAAGGUUCAUGGAUCGCUUUCCAAGGAGGUACUGAUGGAAUACCCUUGAGAUGCCAGCACGCGACUGGUAAGAUCGUCUCUUACUCCACUCUUCUGUUUGAAGUAAGAUGAGCGUUCUAAUAUUCAGGAUAUUUUUCCCAAGACAUUUAACGGUUUCAGAUAUUGUGUUUGAUAAUAUGAGUUGAAACAUAUUGAAGCAUCAAGUUUUUUAGCUUGAUGUUAUUGCUGUAGGUUUAUCUCAAGUAGUGUAAUUCAACUAAUAAUGCUAGAGUUCAGCAUGUGCUUUAUGAGUUA